UAUAAACAAAGAAUUAAGCAGAAUACCGGAGACCGAGAAUGAAUUGAACGUGGAGGCUCCGCCUAAGAUAUAAAGAACAGCAAUUUAGCCAAUAAAAGCAUUCAUCUCAGAGUCAUAGUCAACAGUCCCGCGUUUUGAGACCCUAACCCUAAAUUUCGAAUCUGAAACCCUAACCCCGAAUUUGAAAUCUCGAAACCCUCCUUUUCAUCCAUGGCACCGAAGCGUCCUUCCCAUCUGGACGACCCACCCGUUGCUUCUUCAUCAGAAGCCGAGGAAGAUUCUUCGUCCGAAGAAGAAGAAGAAGAAGAGGAAGAGGAAGGGGCUUCCGAAGAAGACGAAGAGCAGGAAUCACAGAAAUCGAAAACCACGCCUUUAACGAAGGCUGUUCCGAUUUCUACCGUCAGGUCGUCGGUGAAGAGACCGAGCAAUAGCGAGGUUAAGGACUCGAAGCGAGCGAAGAAGAAAGGUUCGGAACCAGAUGGAGGUUCCGCGAUUGCGGAGGAUGAAUCGAAGAAGACUGGUGACGAGUCGAAGAAGCUGUUUCAGAGGUUGUGGAGUGAGGAUGAUGAGAUAGUGAUUUUGAAGGGUAUUAGUGACUACGCUGCUAAGAAAGGAUCGAUCCCAUCUGCGGCUGACAUGCAUGCCUUUCAAGAUUUCAUCAAGAAGUCACUGCAGAUUGAUUUCACGAAGGCCCAGUUGUCAGAUAAGCUCCGUAGGUUGAAGAAAAAAUACGAGAACAAUGCUAGUAGGAAGAAGUACAACCCGACGAAGCUUCACGAGAAGGAAGUGUUUGAAUUGUCGAAGAAAAUUUGGGGUGGUGGUGAAAAGCUCGUUGUGAAAGCUGAACAGCCCAAGGCUAAUGGCACUGGCACUGCGAGGAGUAGCAAGGCAUUAGCUUCACCGCAGAAUCUUUCCUCGCCGAGUUUGGGGCCGGCGGAGGAUUUGCUUUCCUCUCCUAAAUUGGGUGUAAUGGAGGAGCUGCUUUCCUCUCCGAGCCUGGGCAAUUUUGGCUUAUCGGAGCAUAUUUUGAGCAAGGGGCUUGAGUUGGUCCCGGAGUCGAAAAGAGCAGAGUUGGAUGCCAAGUGGAAGAAAAUACAUAUGGCUGAGAUGGAGCUUUUUGCUAAGAGGAGUCAGUUGCUUGCAGAUCAAACUACUCUAAUUCUGGAGGCGUUGAAACCAGCGGAUCAUUAGGUGAAGAAAGACCGAUCAGACCUCUAUGUUUAUUGAUGAAUAUGUACUUAGGAUUAAUGUGAGAUGUUUUUUUUUUCCUUUAUUUGUUGAUGUCUUGCAGUUAAGUUGACUUUUCCUUAUUUUUCAUGUCAGAACUCUAGAAUUCUGCAGUAAAGUUUUCUUGUUAGUUCUUGUUUGUGACGAAUUUCAAGUUUGAAAAUAAAUGUGUAGCAGUAUCCAAAGUUACUUGCA